GCAAUAAAUGUUAUUUGCAACAGAUACAAAUUAAAGUUCCACGUUUGUUGAAAAAGAGUGCGCGCCAUAAAGUACAUGCACUUCUCGUAAUAUUUUUGCACGAAAUGGUUGUUCUUGUUCUUGCAGGGAACAUUUCACUAGUACCGUGUACCUACACAGGUAAGGCGAAACGGUCACCGGACAUAUCAUUUCGUGUCGCACGAGCGUAGAAUAUGUUUUUUUCAACCUUGUCUAUCUGAAAAUAUUACCUUUUUCUCUAAAAGGUGUCCUAAACUAACCGAACUCUUAAAAAUCUUUUACACAAAGCCUAAUAACACCCUCAAAGACAUUAAAUUGUAUUUAUAUUAAUUACGUAUGUGAAAAGAUGACUGACUGUAGGUAUGCAUUCGUACGUAGGUAGAUACCUACCACGCCGUAUUUUUCAACAGACGAUGCUGCCCUUUGAUGAACGAUUGCAUGUAUUUGGUUCUCAAUAACCACCAGUGUAUAUUGUUGUGAGUAGCGACAAAUGAAAGGUACGUGUGUCUACAUGUACAAAAAACUCAAAAGCAUCGAAAAAGUGCAUCAUAUCAAGUACAGGGGUUUUUUCUGGUAAAAUCAUUGACGAUGAGUGAAACUUGCAAAGUGAGACAUCUGAAAUCUGAGUUAAUUUAAUUAUUAUUUUUAAUUUUUAAUGUUUGAUCGUAGUAUUAUUUUUUUUUGAUAAUAAUAAACGAAAUCAGUCCGCCCUUCUCAGAUAUCACCAUGUAGCCUUGAUGCAAAAUUGACAUUGACAAGUGAUCACAUUUAAAACAUAUUUUUUUGUUAUUUUACGUUUUACGAUAAGUGUGGCUUAAAAAAAAUGUUUCCGGUAUAUCGACGACAUUUCAGUAAUAACAACGGAAAUUACGCAAAAUUCCUAAAAACUUUGCACUCAGAACAAAUAACGAAAUUAUUAGCAAAGAAUCAACAUGAAUGCGAUUUAUUAGAAGAUAUAAGAACAUUUGUGAUAAAAAAAUCAGCGAUUGAGAGAUCGUACUCGGAAGCGCUGCUCAAAAUUUCAUCGGCGUAUUUGAACAAGAAAAUUCCAAAUAUACCGGACAUAAAAGUCGAAGGAAGCGAAGAAAAAUGGAAUAUGUGGAGUGUCUGGAGGACUGUUCUAGAGGAACACGAAAAACUGGCAAGAGCGCGAUUGGCUGCUAUAGAAAUUUUUCAACAGCAGAUCGCGGAUGAAGCGAAAAAUCUUCGAAUGCACAAAAUUCAAACUGCGAGAAAGUACGCUGAACAAAUUGCAACGGUCCAGAAAGAGUUGCAGGCUUGCGUUCAAGAUUUAGAUAAAACCAAAAAAUUAUACUUCGACGAAGAGCACACCGCCCACGAUGUACGGGACAAAGCAAGGGAUAUAGAAGAAAAAUUAAAAAAGAAGAAAGGUUCUUUUUUUCAGUCCAUCACGUCGCUCCAAAAAAAUAGCGCUAAAGUAACAUCAAAAAGGGAACAGCUCGAGGAAAAAUCAAGCGGUGCUCGUAAUGACUAUAUUUUGUGUCUUGCUGCUGCAAACGCUCAUCAAAAUAGAUAUUUCGUGGUGGACCUUCAGUUAACCAUGCAGUCGAUGGAAAGCAACGUGUUCGACAAAGUAGCAGAAUAUUUAUCGCUGUUGGGACGUACCGAAUUGUUGACAUGUUCUGCUAUGCAAAAUUCAUUUAGUACGGUGCUCAAUCAAUCGAAACAGUUGACUCGAGAGUAUAAUUUACAAUGUGUCUAUUUGUUUUAUCCCGUUCUCAAACAGCACAUCCAGUACGAAUUCGAACCGUGCGAAGGUGAUCCUGUGGAUCAUAUCACGGCCGAACAUGAGUCCGCAGCGGCACAACUAAGCAAGGAAGCCCGCCGAUGGGCAACGAAAAUAGCACGCGAAAGUAAUAACAUUAAAGACUCAGUCAGGAAGUUGCAAAUAUACAAUUCUCUGAGAGAAUCGGGGCAAAAGACCGAUCCCAACGAUCCAAACAGUCCCGACUUGGAGACUAAAAUCGAAGAGAUGAAACAAAAUAUUCGAAGAGCAGAAACAGCAAAGGUAAAGGCGGAGGCACGGAUCGAGGUCCUUAGAAAAGGUGGCGUGAAUGUUGACGAAUGGCUGAAAGAAGCUGAAACGUUAACGGUCCAAGACAUUCAGCGUUCCGCUAGUUCUCUAUCGGAUCAUCCCAGUUCCGAUUCGUUUUACGAUAGUGAUUUUGCUGACGGCGAAGUUCAGCAAACAAUUUCCGAAAAGCCGGACAAAUCGUUAUCUUUGGACGACACCCAACAAGAAUCCUAUGAAGCACCGGAAGUGGACGCAAUGUUAGAACAAGAACGUCAACGAAUAGAGCAACUCACGGUGGGAUGGGACGAUCCUACUCAAGUGGAUUGGGGAGCCGAAGAGUCCCGAGAGCCCGUAGAAGGAACAGCAGGGGACACAACAUCUGUGAGUGGCCCAACUUUCAAAUGUACUGCACUAUAUUCAUAUACAGCUCAAAAUUCUGACGAACUUUCCAUAGUAGAGAACGAACAAUUGGAAGUAGUUGGUGAAGGGGAUGGAGACGGUUGGUUGAGGGCACGAAAUUAUAGAGGAGAAGAAGGUUACGUACCGCAAAAUUACCUGGAUAUUGAAAGAGAACCUUCUGGAACAAGUCCAGGACUUGUAAAUCAAAUUUCAUUUUCUUCCGUUGACUACACAGUGGACAAUGACGACGAAUUAGCCCAACAGUCUGAAACUACUAAUCAAUCGCCCGAACAAAUUUCUGUUAUACAUAUGACCGAAGCCGUUCCAGAACCAACAGUGUCAUACUGCGCAGCUUUAUAUGACUAUGAAGGAGAGGGAGAAGAAGAUUUAACAUUGGAAGAAGGGCAAAUAAUUAAAGUAAUUAGUAAAUGCGCACAUGGUGUGGACGACGGUUGGUGGAAAGGCGAAUUAGACGGUAAAGUGGGAAACUUUCCAUCAUUAGUAGUCGAAGAGUGUGACGAAAAUGGGGAACCAUUAACCAACCAAUGGGAUGAAACACCCCCAUGUUCGGCACCUCCAGUCUUUACACCCCCCGAAGUACCAGAACAUCUAAUGCCAUUUUCUGAACCAAUUGUUAUUGAUGCAUCUCCAACGGUCGAGGAGGAACCAGAGGAGUCAAAGGAACAAACACCACAAAUUAGUCAAGCUUCAAUAGUUAAUGGUGCAAUCGAAACGGCAAUAACUGGCGAUAAUACAGGCGGUAGCAGCAAUGGUUUCUCCAUAAGUCUUAGUAAAGGUCAACAAAAACAGUAUGGCGCACAAUUUCAAGAAGAUAAAAAUAUACCGACUAUCGGUAUUGAAGUGGAAGAUCAGGAAAACGGUACGGCGGAAUCGACAACAGAAACUGAAUGCAAAAAGAAAAAAGCGGCGGCAGAUUUCAAUUUGAGCGUAGCCCAAAUAGUAAUAACAGCAGCAACCCCAAUGACCGAAGAAGCGGACACUUCAUUUCCGCUAGUUGAAGAAAAUCCGAAAGAAGAUGACGAAGACGAAAGCGAACUUGCACAUAAACAGCCAUCAAAAGAACCAAGAGAUCCCAUAGAAGAACAUUUCACUAAUCACGUAAUCGUAGAAGAACCUGAUGAGGAAUUAAUAGAGAUCCAGGAGGAACAACAACAAUCUGUAAAAAUUGAGGACGCAACUGAAGAAAAACCAUAUGAAUCAGGCCCUUUAGCCAUUAGUAGUAGUACGAGUGAUGGCGAUACCACGGGACCAAGCACUGCUGAGAACUCCGUAAGUCAUGCUUCUUACGCUGACGUCGAAGGGGUAGUGGAUGUACCGAAACAGGUGGUUGGAGGAAGAGCAAGUAUACCUGACGAAUUGGAACCACAUCAGUUAGCAAGACUGCAAGAUCUUAAGGAGUCAAAUGCGUAGAAAUAACGUACUACUAUUAACUGGCAUCGAUGACAAGUUUGUACCUCAUCGAAUUUAUACGCGCAAGCAAUUUUCUUAGGUUUUUAAAGGCAAUUGAAAUGAACAAACGAAUAGCUACGAUUGAAAUUUUAGUAAAACCAAUUACUUGUUACAUAUACAACAUAACUACUCGUAGAUACAAUAAUUUUUGUAGCUUUACAUAAGUACCUACAUGUAAAAAAAAAGUUAGUUUAGAUUUUUAUUUCCGUGAGCUCUCUCAUACAGUCGUCGACAACAAACAGUAAAAUUCAGAGAGCUAUUUGAAACGAAAUAAAAUAAAACUUCAAUAGAUACGCUUACUUGAAGACACUAUGAAACUGAGUUCAAUAUAAAUAUGUAAUAAAUAUGAUGUAUUUAUUUUUGAUUGCUUUAAAAGGGAUGGAAGUAGGAAAUUUCGUUUCUUGCUGUUUAAAUGUACCAUAAUUACUACUAUAAAAUAGGUCAAUAAUUAACUUGCAACGUUGUAAAGUUACGAUAAAUUUUUUACUUUAAUAUUCAUUCUUUUUUGUAUAUAUAUCUAAUUAAUCUAGCAGACUCGAUAAAACUGUAAACUAAAUUACACUUCCAAGCUUUAUUUAGAACGUACAUAGGUACCUAUACUUUCUGCGCUUUUGAGCUAUAGCUAAACUGCUACCUAUACAAGCCGUCUAAAAAUGCCAUUUGGAAAAAUGAAAAUUAACUUAUAGCUUUGAUAUUUUACAGCCCACAGCCAAAUAAGGCUUCUUAUGCUUACAGAAACGAUUAAAUAUAAUCACCCGCUUAUGUAAUUAAGAUAAAAAACAAUCAAUUCCGAUUGCGCAUAACUUGCAAACGGAAUUAAAUUUAUAAGGGAAGAGAACAAAAGGACAUUAAUAAAUUUACAGAAAGGGCUAGAAAAAGUUUUUCCGUAGAAAGCAAUGUAUGUGAACAAUGUGUUCAGAGAAAGUACUUAAAACCAAAACAGUUAUAAAUGCAUUUUAUGAUUAUUAAUGAUAUCAAAUUUAUAAUAAUUCAUGAAAUAUAGCAAAUCGAAUUCCUGAAUAUUAAAAAAAAUAGUAUUUUUAGAUUUCGAAUUUCAAAUUUCAAAACUGUAUUUAUAAAAAGUAAUUUAAGUACCUAUUUAUUUGAAAACCUACACUUUGUAUUAAACGAAUCUUUCUACCCAAUAGGGAUAUAAAGUAUGUUCUUCGCGGUACGUGCUAUCCAAAUGUCGUUAUGGGGCUGCUUCUUCUAGUGAAGCUGGAGAAAAUUACUAAAUAUCUCUUCAGUCAAUUAGUCUUAAUCAUUGAAUUAAUGUUUAAAAAACCCGACGGGCGAAGCUGCCGUAACUUUUUCGGACUUUAAUACAAAUUUUUUGCUUUUAACUGUACAUACAUAUGCACGUAUUGAUUAUAGUACAUACCUACCGACUCUUUUUAAGAAUAAAAUAUUAAACAACUACAUUACCUACAUGCUUGUAAAUAAUAUAGAUAAAAAAAAAUUAAAAUAUGCUAGCACAAAUAUCAUAAGCUAAAAGGAAAUGCUAAUUGUUACCGAAAAUAAACUAUUUCGCGCUAGAAAAAAAUUCAUGUCUAAUUUAAAAAUUAUUCUAAUAAUUAUUAUUGUCGUUAGUAUUACAUAUUUUUAUCCCGUCUUCUUUCAGCGGUGCCUUCAACAUGUAACUCAAUCUGUUACCAGUAGAUAAUACCUACUCCAAUCCAAUUCUAUAUCCUCAUGCAUUUGAUCUAAAUGUGACAUCAAAAUGUAAAAUAAAUAUUUAGAAAAUUAA